AUGGUAAUGCCUCUGUGCGACGAGGACCUAAAUGCCUUCCUGCGUCGAGAAGGGCCGAGGAACCAGCCGUCUCGGUUCUUCCGCGUGAUGCGGCAGUUAGCAGCAGCCGUGACGGAGUGUCAUCGUCGGCAAAUAGUACACCGAGACAUCAAGCCAGCCAAUAUCUUACGCCGCCGGUGCCGAUUCCUGCUGGCAGAUUUUGGGUUGGCCGAAACACUUACCACCACCCGACCCCUGCUCACCGAGCCAGCAGGAACCAUGGUGUACUGGGCACCGGAACAGCGCAGGAUAGAGCCGUAUGACACGUCCGUCGACCUGUGGGCGUUGGGGUUAGUGGCCGUAGAGGUGGCGACCGGCCUACCGUGCCGUCAGGGUGAGGAGGAACAGCAUUGGGCCUCAUCCCUGGACGACAAAUACCGUGCGGAGAUGGAGCGGUUGAGAUUCCCCGUCCGAUGGUAUAUCGAAGGUUUGCUCCAGGAUAACCCGUCCCACCGGAGACCUGCUGCACAGUGGGAGUGGCCUGGAACCGAUACCGUCCUGUUAGUUGAAACCGUAGCUCAGCCACCCCCACUGAUACCGGUGUCCACACUGAGACCAGCACCGCUUCCACCAAUUGCUCCGUUAACGCCACCACCCCAACUGUCUCCCGUCAAGACUAGCAUCCAAAAUCCAGGCUCAACCGAACCCCCGUCUGUGGUCACCCAGUCUUCGGACUGAGGUCAUCGCCCUGAUACCAACCACCGUCAAGGGCAGACGCCGGCUCCGGCUGAAGCUCAGGUUUCCCUCCGGCACUGCCCACCGUCUCUGGGUGCCAGUGGAUUGAAACCGUAAGAAUUAU